GCUGGACCCAGCUCGGCGCCCACGUGACCCCGCUGCCAGGUCGGGGCGCGACGGGACGCGCUGGGACCGGCGUCGGGGGGCGCGGGCGCGGCCCGGGGCGGGGGCGGCAUGGAGCGGAGGUGGGUCUUCGUGCUGCUCGACGUGCUGUGCGUGCUGGUCGCCUCUCUGCCUUUUGCCAUCCUGACGCUUGUGAACGCACCAUAUAAGCGAGGGUUCUACUGUGGAGAUGACUCCAUCCGGUACCCCUACCGUCCAGACACCAUCACCCACGGGCUCAUGGCUGGGGUCACCAUCACAGCCACCAUCAUCCUCUUGCCUCCCCAGCCCAGCCAUGAGUGCCCUCAGUGGCUCCCUGUGCAGGUCUCUGCCGGGGAGGCCUACCUGGUAUACACAGACCGCCUCUAUUCCCGCUCCGACUUCAACAACUACGUGGCGGCCGUCUACAAGGUGUUGGGGACGUUCCUGUUUGGGGCUGCGGUGAGUCAGUCGCUCACCGACCUGGCCAAGUACAUGAUCGGCCGUCUGCGGCCCAACUUCCUGGCGGUGUGUGACCCUGACUGGAGCCGCGUCAACUGCUCCGUGUACGUGCAGGUGGAGAAGGUGUGCAGGGGAAGCCCCGCCAACGUCACCGAGUCCAGACUGUCUUUCUAUUCUGGACACUCCUCCUUUGGGAUGUACUGCAUGAUGUUCUUGGCGCUCUACGUGCAGGCACGGCUUUGCUGGAAGUGGGCGCGGCUUCUGCGGCCCACAGUGCAGUUUUUCCUGCUGGCCUUUGCUCUCUACGUCGGCUACACCCGCGUGUCUGACCACAAGCACCACUGGAGUGAUGUCCUUGUUGGCCUCCUGCAGGGGGCACUGGUGGCCGGCCUCACGGUUCGCUACGUCUCGGAUUUCUUUAAGUCCCGGCCCCCACAGCGCUGCCUGGAGGAGGAGGAGCUGGGACGGAAGCCCAGCCUGUCACUGACGCUGACCCUGGGUGAAGCUGACCGCAACCACUAUGGGUACCCGGUCUCCUCCUCUUGAGGCGGGGUCCUUCUGUGCAUCUGCGUGUUCAUGGUCCUGGCAGGGACCUCCGCUAGCCUGGUGGUGAGGGCUCCUCCGCUAGCCUGGUGGUGAGGGUGCCCUGUGCUGGCCGCUGGUGGGCGUUCCACUAACCCUGCCUGCUGUGCACUGGACCAGGGGUCUGGGGGUGCACAGGGCAGCCCCAGUGUUUAAAAGAGGGACUUUGUCCUCUUUUCUCCCUUUUGUUGAUUAGAGGGGGACCAAGAGACCCAGCUAGAUGCUGUUUUUGUAAAGUGUAAUGUAUAUGUGGACUUUGAGUAAAAUAGAGUGUUUGCUCGACAACUGAUGAUAGCCUCUAUUCCUUAUGGCCAUUCUGAGCACUGUUCGUACAGCAGAGGGGGAGACACUUCCUUGCUUGGGGCUCAGCUGAGCUCAGGAGUCAAAGUGGCUGGUGGCAAUGUUGCCCUUUGGAGAUGCGGGAAGAGUGGUGCACUCUUUCCCUGGCCUCACCCUGUGUAUCUCUUCAUCUGGCUGUCGAUUCAUAAUUAUCACACCCUUUAAUAAACUGGUAAACCUAA